UGCACGUGAUUCUGAUCAGUCGACCGAAUCGUAAUGGUUAUAAUAAAUAACAUCAUCAUACUCUAAUUUUACGACAAUUGUGUCAUCCUCCAUGGUCAUACAAACGAAUGACACAAAUUAAAACGAAGACCAAACAUGGAUGACGGAUCGGGCAAGGAUGGUUCUGCCCCGUUAAGCGGGGCAGUUUAUCAUGAGGUUGCACCUGAAAAGGUUUUGGCAACCAAGGUAUAUAUUGCACUCACAGUUGCAAUGAUUGUGCUGUCAGUGAUCUUUUGUUUAGUCAGAGGGCAGUAUGACUUCACAUACUAUCUCAUGGCCGUUAACAUCCUCAUCAGUGCCAUCAUCAUCUUGUUCUCGUGCUUCUGGUACAAGACUGGGGAUUUGGAUCCAACAAAGUGGUGGUUCCUCAUCCUGGUCGGGACGGUGGUCAUCUUCCAGUGCAUUACGACCGACAUCUACGUCUUCCAACAUGAGAACCCAAAUCCCCCGGCGUCAACAGCUGCCCCGCCCCCAUUGACGACGCCAAAUGGGAACCCUGAGACGUUACAGCCUGCCACUAAGGCCAUGGCACUGAUGAUGGCAUUAGCUGGUGGAGGGGGUCAACCCGAUUAAACACACUAGCCGAGUUGUGAUGCAGUCGGUCACAAGUCAAAUAUCACAAGUCAAAAGACCCCUUGCAAAGAGCGCCCUCAAGGUGGACAGGUCUUUGUUUCCCAGUGAUCAGCGUACAAAGACACAUUGCACUUUCAUUGUCACCAUAUGU